CAAUGUUUCAUCUUUGCCAGUUGCGCUCUCUAACAAGCAUAUCUAUGUUUUGUCUUGUAGAACCUUAACAGUCAUGGAUACUUCUGACUCAAUGGAUUUUUCCACCUUCAACUCAAGUUACGAUUACUACUGGCCAAGAUGCACUGUUGAGAAUUUCACCAUGUAUAGCGCUAGCAUCAUGAAGAUACUUGGUUUGCCAUCAUUUCAGCUUGCAUUCACUAUCUCAAAAGUCCUGAUUAUUGCUUGCUUCUGUACGACUUUUAUAGUCGGAAUUCUGGGAAAUGGUUUGGUGAUCUGGAUCGCCGGAUUCAAGAUGAAGACUGUCAGCGCAGUGUGGUUUGUCAACUUGGCCAUUGUCGACUUCCUGUUUUGUAUUUCUCUCCCUUGCCGGGUAACAUUGUGGUUCCUGUCACACAAUCUUAGAUAUCUUUUACAACUAAUUAAUUUAAUUGCUUUAUAUCUAAACUCCAUUAUCAGUGUCCUAUUCCUAACAGUCAUUAGCAUUGACCGUUGUGUGGCCAUCAUGUGGCCGAUCUGGGCUAAAGUGCACCGUACACGGAGAUUAGCCAACAUUUGUUCAGUGUUUAUAUGGACUGUACCCAUAUUUGUUACAAUGGCAUGCAUUUAUAUUUUAACUAUUGACAUACAUACUUUCUAUAUUUCUGUUCCUAUGUAUGACGAUCUUUCUGAUUAUUGUGAAAUCGAAUAUUCAUCAGUUGAAAAAUAUUUAAUGGUCUUUCGAAGUUUCAUCAUGUUUGGGCUCUCGUUUUCUAUAAUCAUUGUCUGUUACAGUCUGAUUAUCUACAGACUCCAAUUCAAUGCAAUAAAAAGGCCCAGGAGAUUUCAAAGAACUUUUCGGAUUAUCAUAGCUGUUGUGUCUUGCUUUUUUGUCUGCUGGUUUCCAUACAACGUCUGGCCAUUUGUAGCAAAAAAUAAAACCAUGCAUGAUGUGCUUACUGAUUUUAUAAUAAGUUCUUUGUGCCUUUGCCUGGUCUCCAUCAGCAGCUGUCUUAAUCCUAUUCUGUACGUCUUAUUGGGCAAAGGAAGAGGUUCCAACUGGAGGAAAUCUAUCAAAUCUAGACUGGAAAGUACUAUGAUGGAGUUGAAGUAACCCCAUGCAGGAAAUAACACAAACAAGGUUAUAUAUAAA